UUAAUUUUCUGUUGUAGCUGUCGCGAUUCUCAUAUCUCUUCUUCCUUUAACUGUUUUCCACACACACUAUGACCUCAUAAUCUCUCUCAAAAUUUCAUCAAAAGGGUAAUUUGAUAGAGAGGACCUUCAGUUUUGGUCUCAAUUCUCAAUCAAAGAAACCCUUUUGGGAAUUUGAAUUCCGUGUCAUCUUGCUACUGUAACUGCACACCCAUGAGUGAUGAGGCCAUGACCCAACCCAACCUCGUCCUCCUCCCUUACCGUAAAUAUAUAUAACAGUUCCCCUGUCACAGCUCUUCACACAGGUUAAACUCUCUCUUCAGCUCUUCUCUUGUGGGCUAAUUGCCUAAUUAGUUUCUUCUCUUUGUCAGUCAUGAAGAAGGAAAGGGUCAUUGCGUUCCUUUGUUUUCUGUGUCUAUUUUUGCCCAUAUUGGUUUCGGCUGAAUGUACUUGUGAGAAAGAUGAAGAAGGGGAUCGUAACAAGAGCUUGGCUCUUAAAUAUAAGAUUACGGCCUUGUUUUCGAUUCUUUUCUCAGGUGGCAUUGGUGUUUGUUUGCCAAUGAUGGGGAAGAUGAUUCCAGCUCUGCAACCCGAGAAGGAUAUCUUCUUCAUCAUCAAAGCUUUUGCAGCUGGUGUGAUUCUGGCAACUGGGUUCAUUCAUGUGUUACCAGAUGCAUUCGACACUUUAACCAAUCCUUGUCUCAAAGGGAAGGCUUGGGAAUUUCCGUUAACUGGUUUCAUUGCCAUGAUGGCUACGAUUGGAACAUUGAUGGUGGAUAGUUUGGCUACAGGAUUCUACACCAGGUCGCACUUCAAUAAGUCGCAACCUGAGAAAGGAGACGAGGAAGGAGCAGGAGAACAUUCAGGUCAUGUUCAUGUUCAUACUCAUGCCACUCAUGGCCAUGCUCAUGGGUCUGGUAUUGCAUCUGAAGUCUCGCCCACCACCACCCUUAUCCGGCAUCGCGUAGUUUCGCAGGUUUUGGAGCUGGGAAUUGUUGCACACUCUGUCAUCAUUGGAAUUUCAUUGGGUGCUUCUGAAAGCCCCAGUACCAUAAAGCCUCUGGUUGCAGCCUUAACUUUCCACCAGUUUUUUGAGGGAAUGGGGCUUGGUGGAUGCAUCACCCAGGCAAAAUUCAAGUCAAGAGCAGUUGCAAUUAUGGCGAUCUUUUUCUCCCUCACUACACCAGUUGGGAUUGCACUGGGCAUAGGAAUAACAAAUGUCUAUGAUGAGAACAGCACAACAGCACUAAUUGUUGAAGGGAUUUUCAACUCUGCUUCAGCUGGGAUAUUGAUCUACAUGGCACUUGUUGAUCUGCUAGCAGCUGAUUUCAUGAAUCCCAGGAUGCAAAGCAGUGGAAAGCUUCAGUUUGGGGCCAAUGUCUCACUUCUUGUAGGAGCAGUUGGAGGUACGAGGGCUUUAAAUCAACAAAUCUUUCCAUCUUAUCAGAAGCAGUGUCUCUAAUAAGCAGCUUUUGCCUGUGAUGUGAGCCUCAAAUUUAUUUUAGAAACUAUUUCUUGUGUGUUGUUCAUUUCACCUAUAAUAGGUGUAUUCUUGCAGAAUUUGUUUUUUCAAUGAAUUGUACUAAUUUUAUUGAAAGAGACUUCCCAUUUCCUAUAUACCUGUUUCAAUCAAAACUAGUAAGGAGAAAAAAGGAUCAUAACUUUGCUGAUGAUGAAAAUUUUCUUAUGUAUCUUUACACCAUAACGACGUAUAAAAAGAAACAAAUUACUCCAAAAAGGGAAGAAAGGGUGAAGAAAAGAUUCACUAAAUAAAAAUUUUCAUGAUUAAUUGAGUGUGAGGUAAAAAGUUCCAAGGCUUUGAGAAAACCCUAGAACAGUGGUGGUGGCAACAGGAACAACUUCCUGCAAUGAUAGGAAGGACUUAUCGCAAAAGAGCUAAGAUCGCAUAGAAGUCUUGUGUGAGCAAGACUAAAGGUAACAUGUAUCUCCCCCUCUGUUGUUUUGAUUAAAUUUGAAUGACCGAUGUCCUAUCAGUAAGAUGAUCCUUGUCCCCGUUUCACCAAACAAUGACAACAAGAAACAAAGAAGGAUCACAUAAAUAUUUUCAACACACAUGAAAAGAAAGUCUGGAUUUUAAAGCAUCCCUACAUUGAUAUUUCUCACAGUAAGUACUUAACUGAAGCUACUGUGCUCAUAUUUAAGUUUGGUUAUAUCUAAGCCUGCUUCAGGACUCACGAAUAAGCAUAUUUUGUUUGAUUGCGCUUUUGCCAACAUUGUGUGGACAAUGGCUUGAUUCACAAGUACUACAUCAUGGAAUGACUUCCCUUCCUGCAUUUCCACUCUCUUGCAGCAAUCAUCCAACACCGGAGCUUAUCAUCUUCAGCUAUCCCUCACUUUGAAUAUACUGUGGAACUUAUGGUUGGCUUUUUUGGACAUGGUCUUUCGUUCAACUCAGAUUCCUGUGGGAACGAUUCUCUAUAAAGCCAAACUUCU